AUGUCUGGCUACUUCAAAGCGCAAGAUCCAAGCACUUUUUCAUUUUUACGAUAUCUAACAUUCAGAUAUAGCAAAGAAGGAACACUAAAAGCAAACAAAAAGGAAGAAUGGGCUGAUUUUGUCAUUGGGUUAAAAUUGUUCUUGACAGAAAGCAAUGAUGAUUCUUUAAAAAUAUAUUGGGAGGAAGAGCUAAGAGAUGGAAAUAUCAUAUCUAAGUUAAAUAUUCUUAUAUUGGUAGGAAUUUUGGAGGACAUAUGGAAGGUUAAGGUUCAAUAUGGUGAACAAUGUAUUGAAGUCAAUAUAGUAGAGAAAAUAUAUCAAAAUUUAAAUAGAGAAAAACUAGAUAAUUUAGCAUUCAAUAACCCUUUUCUGUCUUGUAUAAUUGAUCUUGACAAUAUACAUUCAAUUUUACGUGAAAUUUUCAAUGAUAGAGAAUUAAGAGCAAUGCAUAAAUGUGAAAAGGUGAAGAAAUGGAAAUACACAAGACCUGAAUUUGAAGCAUGGGUUAAAGACCUGGUAAUAUCAAAUGAUGUGAAUUUCUUACAAGCAUCACCUCCAUUUGAUUUAACAGACAUAGAAAAAAAAGUACUUUGGAAUCGAAGAAGAUAUGAAGAAAUGUCUAAAGGUGGAAAAAAUAUAUUAGAAGACACAUACGUUCACGAAGUAGUGCAUGAAAUUAUAUAUGAAACUAUUCAAGGACUCAGUGAUCAAAUACAACUUGACUGGUCUACAAAAACGGUUGAAGAUGGAAACAAUAAUGUUAAUUGUGAUUAUGAUAGUUG